CUCCUCUUCGGCUGUGGGGGUUUUUCGAAGAAGCCGAGAACGCCUGGGAACGACCUUGGGAACAACGCGGUGAAGACUGCGAGGGACUGGAUUUGAAUCAACGACGAAAUAAAUACAACAUGGCGGACAAGAUGGACUUGAACUUUGAAGAAAUUCAUUUUUUGCCUAUUCCCUCACAAACAAACAUCUACGGUCUGACUAAAAUAGACAGAAACGAAGAAGGAAACAAAAUAUUUUUAGCUUCUCUCAGCGGCAGGGUGGUUAGCCUGGAAUAUCCGCGGAAAGCGCUUGUGCCGCGCUCGAGGGAAGUUCCAUUUACUUACAUCCCAGAAUCAGCAGAGAUUGUUUCCAUUGAUGCCUUCAACAGACCUGAACCAAGCAAGGGAUUGGUGGUGGGAAUAUCGUUGAUUCUACUGAAGAAUUCCCGAAGUCACCAGAAACAGUUCCUCAAUAUUUAUUCAGCAUUGGAAAGUAAAGCAGAAUUCUCCCUUGACAGUAUAGCAGAGGGAUGUCAACAUCUUGAGUUGGAUUUUGUUCCUUUUCAGCUGACACAUGCAGAGAUUUUUAUAAAGGGAGGAAACGAGGUUGUGUUCCUACUUUGUGGAAGUGAUGAAAGUGUUCACAUGUUCUGUGAGGACAGGCCUCAUCAAAGGUUUGAAGAACAACCAGUCCAGAACUUUUUUCCUGAACUUCAGAAUUUGCCAAGCAAUGUUCUUUGGUUAGAAGUGGAAACCCAGCAGUGUGGCAGACGAGUGACAGUUGUUGGGUGUCAGAAUGGACAUGUUAAAGUGGCUGUGACCGAUCUCACUGGAGGACCAAGCAUUGUUGAGGAACACACUUUGGACCGUGAUGGACCCAUAUCAAGUGUGAAGUUAUAUUCACAGAGUUCCAGUGGAAACAAAAGCUCAAGCGAUGAUAAAAUCAGUGAAAGAACGGAAACAGAAUCGACCACAGAUUAUCAUUUGCUGGUCUGCUGUGCAAUAGAAGCAAGCGUCGUUUACACGAAUGUAAUUACCCAGGGUUUUACAAAUAUGGUAACGUUACCGGAGUCGGAUGAAUUCGAUUGCGUGACAUGCACUUGCAUCGCCGAUGUGGACUGGGACGGGAAUAAUGAAAUCCUCUUAGGGACAUAUGGACAGGAACUUCUCGUUUACAAGUGCGUCUCUCUGGACAACACUCUACAGUCUUCCAGUAACAUUGAUUUUCAACUUGUUUGGAGAAGAAGUUUUGCCAAUCCACUGUUCGCCCUUGAAUACCUGGAUCUAACUAAUGAUGGGCUAAAGGAGAUCGCAGUGGCGUCGCUCUCGGGGCUACACGUGUUACAACACAACUUGGACAAAGCAGCCGAGCAAUGCCUGUCGACGCUACCGCAAACUUCUCUACAAGAUUCACAGGAUACAGAUUCAAUCACGUGAGGAUUACAGCUGGUCACGUGCUCAACUUGCGUUGAAACUGGUGCUGAAGCAACAUCUCCAACGCCAUAAAAGGCAGCCAUAAGAUUAUUGUAUGGUUAUAAGAAUGAUCAAUGUGAACAAAUGCAAGAUGGAACUCUUUGUAAUAAUGAAGCCAGAGGGUGUGGUCUCCUUCAGAGAUUCUGCCGAUAUCAACUGGCGAAUUCUUCUUACAGACCUUCGUACAUAGUCAUCGUAUUAGUUGCUGAGAAAUUCACAAUUGAUCGCAUCAGUGCGGCGUUGAAACCCAGGUUCUAUCGCAUGGCGUGAUUACGAUUGCCGAUAUUCUCCCCUCCCCCCCUGGAUGGGAUACAAACUCAUCACAAGUCUUCCCCCCAGCUGUCCCCUACUCCUGCGUGGAGAGGGACACUUCGAUAGUGGCCACGUGUCUUGAUCUCGAACUCAACAUAAAUACACAGGGAUUUACAGUUUUCUUGGCCAACGGAAAUUAGAAUAUAUUUUUAAUUAAACUGAUUAAGAGAUAAAGAUGAAACACUUUAUUUACUCACGUUUUGUAUGUAGAGCUUGUUUUAAAAAGCGUAACCCUUUGCAGUCCUAUUAAACAAACAUUUCAAA